AGUUACGAGACAGCGCAGCUGAGCUGACGGCCACAUGCUGUGAUGUCACUUACCGGAUGAACCAGCUGCAGUUGUUUCACGUCAAAACAAUCCGGAAGAUAGCGUGACGGACCUGUUGUUGGAGCUGAACAACAACAUCUCUGUUGUCUUACUGACGGCGGUGGAACUUCAACAUGUUGAGUAGAAGACACACGUAGCGACUCAGGCGAAGGUUGCCCACUGUUUGUUGAGACUAAGCGAGUCAAGCCUCAGGUGUUGGACUCAAAGUCCAUGUUAAUAUCUCGUAGCAGUGUUAGCUCACCGCAGGCUGGUUCAGAGUCAUCAUGGGCAAUGGAAUGAAUAAGGUUGUCGAUGGGCUCUACCUUGGGAAUAUAAGAGAUGCGGAGAGCAGAGAAAGCCUCUCUAAGAAUGGCAUCACCCACAUCCUGUCUGUGUACAACAAUGCUAAACCUGUGUUUGAGGACAUGACGUAUCUUUGUAUUCAUGCAGCUGAUGCUUCCAGCCAGAACCUAUUACAGCAUUUUAAAGACUGCAUCAGCUUCAUCCAUGAAUGUCGCCUGAAUGGUGGAUCUUGUCUCGUUCACUGCCUCGCAGGUGUAUCCCGCAGCACUACUAUGGUGGUGGCCUACCUGAUGACCGUCACCCACUACAACUGGGAUGAGUGUCUGUCUGCUGUCAAGGCUGUUCGCUCCUUUGUCGGCCCAAACAACGGCUUCCAGCAGCAGCUGCAGGAGUACCAGACGACACAAGUGUCAGAGUACCGAACAUGGUUACGGUCCAGUUUCCGUCCCAGUCCAUUUAAUGACCAGGAGCAGGUGGGUGCCCUGCUGAGCCAGUACACGGAGCAACUGGAGAGCCAGAGGAGAGGAGCAGACCGACGCCGGAUGAAUCAGGCUGGACGUGUCUCUGCUCUGCCGUCAGACUCUGCUGAUCCCAAAGGCAGCAGCUGAAACACGGCCUGCUGGUCAUGCUAACGUCCUGCCCAAGGCUGUCUGUAAAUGGCAGUUUAUCAUUCCAAAUCAACCCCAAGUUGUAAGCAACUUUAAGGCCUUUUUACAACUCUGAAAGCAUAAUAUUAAAUAUAUUUCAUACUUUAAUUACAGUGGUCUAAUCAUUUGAAUAUAUGGAGGUUGAUUUAGAAUUGGGCUCCAGACUCUUAUCCACUACCAGUACCUUCCUUGCUAUCUUAACUCAGCACAGCCACAACCGGAGUCUCGGUGCUCUCAGACGCCUUACUCCAUAAAACCCAGCACCUUAGCCAUCAUGAAUAAACUACACUCCCAUGUGGACUCUUUACUCUUGCAUUUUACAGCUUGGUAGCCUUAAAUAAGUGACUGAUUAUGCUGCCUUAAAGGAACAUGUUGUCUCUAUUUAUGUGCUGAUGGACAAUGAAAUGCCCAUAAAUGUACAACCACUUUGAUGCCAACUAUUUCUAGAAGUUAUUCUGACAUGUACCAGUUUGUCUCCUGACCUGGCUCUUAAUGGUUACACUCUUGAAGUGAAUUGAGUAAAAAAAUGAGUAAAUUUAAAAAAUACUAACAGUUUCCUUUAAGUAAUACAUAGCAGAUUGAAUUGGGAAGCUAUAUAAAGCGUUGCUGAAUUAAACUACGACUACAUAUGAAGAAUCUCUGCAGACCAAAUGCAAAAGACUUCCUGAUUUUACUGAAGCUCUGAUUUAUCUAUUUAUUGUGACAGAACUGAUUUAUGUUAUGUGUGUUGUAGAUUGAUGGCUUUAGCUAAUUCUUUUAAAUGUGUAUUUAUGGUGUUUUUUGUUUGUGUUUUAUAACAAAAUGGACAAAAACUAUGGAAAUGAUAAUAAAUCUGUACUAUCAACACUA